CAUCGACCGAGGCUUUGGGGUUUUUUUCUGUCAGGAAACCCGGAUGUGAGUGAUGCUGCUCAGCUAACCUGCCAGAAAACGGAGAGGGGUUUUUUUGGUAAUCACGGUGGAAGUCAACCACACAGCAAUCCGCAGAGAAUACGGAACGUGUAACUUUCCUCUGAAAGAAUCGAAAACAAACAAAUAAACCACGGUCUGGCUGUUGAGAGCAGUGCAGCAGGAUGAGUGGGGCUGCUCUGGGAAUCGAGAUCGUGGUGGUGUUCUUCCUGGCGCUCUUCCUGCUGCACCGAUAUGGAGACUUCAAGAAGCAGCAGCGCAUGGUGUUGUUCGGCACGCUGCUGGCCUGGUACCUGUGCUUCCUCAUCGUCUUUAUCUUGCCGCUGGAUGUCAGCACGACCAUCUACAAACAGUGCAAGAUAGACCAUAAGGAGUCGACCUCUGUUCCCACCGGCAGCCCGUUACCGUUCAACCACACCACAGCAAACACAUCUGUCACUCCCACCAAGAGGACACCAAAGCCGUGCUACAAGCCGUGGAGCUACAUUCCUGAUGGCAUCAUGCCCGUGUUCUGGAGGGUGGUGUACUGGACGUCCCAGUGUCUCACCUGGCUGCUGCUGCCCUUCAUGCAGUCGUACGCUCGCUCUGGAGGCUUCUCCAUCACCCGGAAGAUUAAAACAGCUCUGAUAGAGAACGCUAUAUACUACCGGACCUACCUGCUCAUCUUUGGCUCCCUGCUAAUCUACGUGGCUGUUCACCCUGAGUGGCACUUGUCCUGGUACGAGCUGCAGACCAUCGGCAUCACAGCAGCCAACACCUGGGGUCUGUUCCUGCUGGUGCUGCUGCUCGGGUACGGCCUGGUGGAAAUCCCCCGCUCCUACUGGAACGCUUCACGCCACGGGCACCUGCUCAUCAAGACGUACUUCAAGGCGUCCAAGCUGAUGACAGAGAAGGCGGACGCUGAGGAGAACCUGGAGGACAUCAUGGAGGAGGUGAGAAAGGUCAGUGAAGCCAUCAAGUAUAACCAUCCGCUGAGGAAGUGCGUCGAUACAAUCCUCAGAAAGUGCCCGGUGGACUACCAAGACAAGAUGGGCAGGAACAUGGACGACUACGAGGACUUCGAUGAUAAACAGAACACGUACCCCAGUGAGAAGAGUCUGGUGAAGCUUCAUAAGCAGGUGAUCUACGCCGUUCAGAGGCACAACAGGACCCGAGUCCAGUGGCAGAUCCUCCUGCAGCAGGCCGUCCACCUGGAGGACGUAGCUAAGAACGAGGCCAGCUCCACCCACCAGUUUGUGCACAGCUUCCCGCCCUCUGAGCCGGCCGGCUUGUUCGUCAGAUAUGUCUACACACUGACUGUAGAGUGGUACUGGGAGUGCCUCCUGAAGCGCUGGUUUUACCGGCUGCUGUCGGUGGUCCUGACUCUGUUCAGCGUGGCCGUGGUCUGGUCCGAGUGCACCUUCUUCAGCACCCGGCCCGUGCUCUCCCUGUUCGCCGUGUUCAUCCAGCUGGCAGAGAGAGACUACAACUACCUGUACAUCGAGAUGGCGUGCUUCGUCACCAUCUUCUUCCUGUGUACCUGCGUGUACUCCACCGUGUUCCGCAUCAGGGUCUUCAACUACUACUACCUGGCCUCCCAUCACCAGACCGACGCUUACAGCCUGCAGUUCAGCGGCAUGUUGUUCUGCCGUCUGACUCCUCCUCUGUGUCUGAACUUCCUGGGGUUGAUCCACAUGGACUCUGCCAUCUCCCACCAGCAGAAGGAGCAGACGGCCUACACCUCUAUCAUGGGGUCGAUGCGUGUUCUCUCUUUCAUCGCUAAUGGCUUCUACAUCUACUACCCCAUGCUGAUAGUGAUCCUCUGCAUCGCCACCUACUUCAGUCUGGGGACUCGCUGCCUGAACCUUCUGGGCUUCCAGCAGUUCAUGGGCGACAGUGAGAUGACCUCUGACCUGAUUGAUGAGGGAAAGGAGCUGAUCCGACGAGAGAAAAGGAAGCGGCAAAGGAUCGAAGAUGGCGAGAACAGACGGAGAGUGAGUGGCUUCGAUUUUUCCCUUGUUCAGACACAUGAUGCAUGAAAGAAAAACAGAAAUCAGUCUGAGAACAGUCUGAAUUUAUUUUAAUACUAACUAGUGUUUAGGAAAUUCCUUCUUUACAGCUGUCAAAUGUGAAUCAGAACAGGUGUUUAAGGUGUUGUAGUUAACAACACUGUGUCCACGAACUGCUCAGCAGCUCCAGAGCCAGAGGUUUCCCCCAGGAGGCGGUGGAGACCAAACCCAGAGCGAACAGAGAGGGAGCACUGGGCUGAGGCUCCUCAGGGGGACACGGACACACUGUGCACGGAGGAGGAUGUUGUAACUGCUGGAUGUGGCAGCUUUUUGUCAACAUGUGUGAAAUAAUGUCUGCAGCACAAUGCACUUGGCAGCACACUGCGUGCGCGACGUCAGUGUUUUGCAUUCGACUACUGAGUCCCCCGUGCUGUCUCCACCU